GGAAGCCCUCAGGCACUCAUGUGAGCUUCUCAAAUGCCUUUGAUCUUUGCUUUUGCUGGGGACUUGUCCUUUGCCUUUCAUGGUGACCAAAUAAGAAGAUGGGCUGGAGUUCUCUGCUGUGACCCAGGAAAGGGGGACUGCUCCCCAAAGGCCAAGACUCAUUAUGCUACUGCAGCCAGAACAAGAGAGAAGUAUUGCUGGAUGUCGGCAAAUAGAAGGUACAGUAAAGACGUCACAGCAAUUGCUGCGAGAAUUUACAACCACGAGAUCCCUUACCACGAAUGUUGAAGAGCACCUUCAGGGAGAAGGACGUUAGAGCAGAUGGAGAGCUGGCCCUGUGUGGAGGAGUGAACAGCCUGGUGAUGGUAAAUAGGACUCUCCUGUUGCUCAGGAAAGUGUUGCCAAGAACAAGGAGGGCAUGGAGGCCGCAUUACUGCCUGCCUGGUCCCAGACACUGGUGACCUUCAAGGAUGUGCUUGUGGACUUCACUAGAGAGGAGUGGCAGCUGCUAGACCCAGCUCAGCAGGUCAUGUACAAAGAUGUGAUGUUGGAGAACUAUGAGAACCUGGUGUCGUUGGGGCACCAGCUUCCUAAACCAGAGGUGAUCCUGCAGUUGGAGAAAGGGGAAGAGCCCUGGCUGGUGGAGAGGGCAGUUCAAGAGUUGUGUCCAGAUUUGGAUACUAACGUUGAAAUGAAAUCACCUGUUUCCAGUAAGAACAUUUCUCAAGAUAAAAAACCCUGUGGCAUUAAAGUAGAAGGAAUGGCAAGGAAGGAUCUCUGGUAUCUGUCAUUGGAAGACGUGUGGAAAUGUGAAGACCCGUUGGGCAAGUAUCAGGAGAACCAAGACAGACAUUUGAGGCAAGUGGCCUUCACCCCAAAGAAAGUCUUUCCUCCAGGCAGGGUCUGUGAGAGUGGUAAGUAUGAGGGCAGCUGCCUCUUUCCUGCUCAGCUGGUGCUGAGGGAGUAUUUCCACACACGGAGCUCAGAUGAGAGAAGCAUGAAACAUGACCUGGCAUUUAGGGAGCAUCAGGGGCACUGCGUGGGUGACAGUGGGGAGUGUGGCCAGGCCUUCUGCAAAAACAUCCACCUGAUUGAGUGUGCGAGAGCUCGCACAGGAGGCCAACACUGCAAGUGCCCUGCUGGCAGCAGCCCUCUUGAUCCCAGAGCAUCCCUCCACGUGUCUCCGGGCACACACAGGGAGAAGCCCUAUGAGUGUAAGGAGUGUGGAAAGUUCUUCAGCUGGCGCUCCAAUCUUACCAGGCACCAGCUCAUUCACACUGGAGAGAAGCCCUUUGAAUGUAAAGAGUGUGGAAAGUCCUUCAGCCGGAGUUCCCACCUUGUUGGGCAUCAGAAGACGCACACUGGCGAGGAGCCCUAUGAGUGUAAAGAGUGUGGAAAGUCCUUCAGCUGGUUCUCCCACCUGGUCACCCACCAGAGGACACACACUGGGGACAAACUGUACACAUGCGGUCAGUGUGGAAAAUCCUUUGUCCACAGCUCCAGGCUCAUUCGGCACCAAAGGACACAUACAGGAGAGAAGCCCUACGAAUGCCCCGAAUGUGGGAAGGCCUUCCGACAGAGCACGCACCUCAUUCUGCACCAGAGAACUCACGUUCGAGUGCGGCCCUACGAGUGCAGUGAGUGUGGGAAGUCCUACAGCCAGAGGUCCCACUUGGUGGUGCACCACCGGAUCCACACUGGCCUCAAGCCUUUCGAAUGUAAGGACUGUGGGAAGUGCUUUGGUCGCAGCUCGCACCUCUUCUCACAUCAGAGGACCCAUACUGGAGAGAAGCCUUACGAGUGUCACGACUGUGGAAAGUCCUUCAGCCAGAGCUCUGCCCUCAUCGUGCACCAGAGAAUCCACACUGGGGAGAAGCCCUACGAGUGCUGCCAGUGUGGGAAGGCCUUCAUCCGCAAGAAUGACCUUGUGAAGCACCAGAAGACCCACGCUGGAGAGGAGACCUAUAGGUGUCAGCGGUGUGGCCUCGCUCUCAGCCAGGACUCCCCCUGUGUUGUCCAUCAGCUGGUGUUCGUGGGCAUCUGCUUGGCUUCUCUCUGCCUGAAGUGCAGACAGCCUCCCAGCAAGCUGGAGAUGAGUGGAGCACGUACCUUGGAUCAUCGAGCACUCGCCCAUGCACUGUGCACUGUGCAGCCCGGCAGAGGCAAAAGAUCCUAGUCUCAGGAUGAUUCAGAUACGGCACCAGUGUCUUCCGAAGACUCUAGCAGGUUAGUUACCAGAACCCUGGGAUCCUCUCCCAAGUCUGAUCUCAGGCUGCAGCAGGGAUUCUGGCAGACAGCAGCUGCUUCUCCCUCCCUCAACCUGUCUCCAUUACCAAGGCAGCUGCCAGGGCAGAACCAUGUUCUGUGUUCAGAUUUUAAAUGUUUUUGUAUCUGUGUGCAUUCUCAGUGUUCCCUGCUUGUUACCUGAAUUUGUGGUUAUAGACUCAGGAAAAAAAAAAAUGGACCAUAAAGGCAAGAGUAAGGGCAGAAAUUUUGGACUGCUUGGUUAGAUCAUUUAAUACCAGUAAUUGUAUAUUUAAGAAACAUUAAGGUGGUAAAUCUUUGUCCUAUGUUUUUUGCUACAAUUUAAAUAAGGUGGCAGGGAGAAGGGUUGUUGGGGUAUGUGGCAGGAGUGGGGUGGAGGUGCAGGGCCUGUCUGCAGAAGGAGCACAGUGGAGACAAAUUAAAUGCUCUUGAUUGACUACAGUUGGAACUAUUGGAUUCUCUGCAGCCUUAUUUGGAUGAGUCCAGGCAGAGACCACCUCAUGAAGCUUCCUGCUGUGUGCCGGGACAGGGAUGCCACAUUCAGGACUUUAGAGCCUUAUGAGGCUCAGCUUGACAUUAACGUUGACAAUCCAAGGGUUGUCCACCAUAACAUUGGACUCUUGUUUUCAUCAGAGUUGAAGAACUGCAAAUUUACAAGAAAAUCAUGGACAGGACACUGAGCUGAGAAGUGCUUUCGUCUCUUUUAGAAUGCAGGAUUUGGGGCUGUGGGUAUGAAGUGAAGAACCAGCCAGCAUCAGGUUAUUCCAAGUCUCCAUGCUCAGUGAGGAAUGAGGUACUUAUACAGUCUCAGCUACCUCACUAUGACACGUUAAUUAGUCAUGGAGAAAAUGAGUAACUUUAAGGCAAUGAUGCUGACCAACACAUCUUAACCAGGUGACAAACUUCUCAGCAAUGUAACAAACAUCCUCAGCAAUAUGACAAAUCAGAACCACCGUUCACCUCACAGGAUGCAACGAAAAGAGCUCAUCACGACUUUCAUGACAUCCCUGCGGCAAAAGUGGAGAAUAGGUUUGUGAAACAUUCCCAAAGGAGAUGGUAGAGAGACCACCAUUAGAUAAUGUGUGGCUCUACGUUGGGGUUAGAAUUUCACAGUAGCCACUGACAUUCCCAAAUGUAAGCUAUUAUUUAUGUUGUGAACCUUUGCACAGAUAAUGCAAAAACAGUGGAGGGUAAAACUGCAUGUCAGGAAAAAAAGUGGCUAGUUUCUCUUCAGAAUGUCCCUAAGGAAGCAGUAAAAAUUCAUUUUAUUCCAGCACUUGAGUGCAUACCUUCUUAUGAUUGCAGUGAACAUUCUAUGUUGUGUACUGAAGUUUUGGGGUUGUCCAAGUAAAAAUCAUCUGCACUGUUACCUCGGUUGGGAGCUGAAGUUUGCAUUAAAAGGCCACAGACUUUGACAUUUUUUUCCCCCUAAAUCAACCAAUUGAACUUGUCACUUUAAGGGAAAGAAUGCUAGUAUUGUUUUGACAAUAUAAAAUUAGUUUUCUGGGGCUGUGGUGUAGCUUCAUGGUAGAGCACUUGCCUGGCAUGCUUGAGGCCUUGGGUUUGAGCCUCAGCACAGGAAAAAAAAAAAAAAAAAAAAGUCGAAAAAAAUGUAAUUUCAGGAAACUUAUAUCUACCAUUGUGAAUUUCAGUUUCAUGAUACUGAAGAUCAAUGAUAUUGAUGAUGACGAUUUUAUUGUGUGGUGAAAUAUGUCAACUCAGCUGGUACUUCCCAAAUGGCUAAUGCAUGACAUUACAAAAUAAAUGAUAGAAUAAUCCGAAGUGCAAGGUAGAUCAAUGGAUUUUAGUGUAAUAAAGAAGAAAAGUUAACGUA